UCAGCUUCUGAACCAUCACAGACUACAAUGAAAUUCCGAAAAAGUCCUCAAAUAGUUCCACUCAACUGCACUGCAUAUAACCUCACACAAUGCUCCUCCUCUUAUAACCCAACGGCGUCGUUCUCUAAAGAAAAUCGUAAGUCUCCAUCACCAUGCACGUGUCCUGAAUAUUUCCGAUGGAUCAAUGAAGAUCUGAGGCCAUGGGCCAACACAGGGAUAUCAAAAUACAUGAUAGAGAGGGCCCAAGAAGUAGCCCAUUUUAGAUUGGUGAUAGUGAAUGGGAAAGCAUACGUGGAGACAUACCGUACAGUGUAUCAGAGCAGAGAUAAAUUUACUCUGUGGGGAAUCCUACAGUUAUUAAGGAGAUACCCAGGAAAAGUGCCUGAUCUGGACUUGAUGUUUUUCGCUGGUGAUAUGCCUGAUCAUUUAACGGAUCGAUUUAGCGGGCCCAAUGAUGUGGAUGGCCCACCACCAUUGUUUCGCUACUGCAAUGAUAACGUCACCGGCGCAAUUGUCUUCCCUGAUUGGUCCUUCUGGGGAUGGCCUGAAGUAAAUAUAAAACCAUGGGAGAGUUUGGUGAAAGAGUUAGAAGAUGGCAACAAGAGGAUAAAAUGGGUGGAUAGGGAAAAUUAUGCUUAUUGGAAGGGAAAUCCUGGAGAAAUUCCAAUUAGGCAUCAGCUACUCAAAUGUAAUGUCUCUGAUAAACAAGACUGGAAUGUUCGCUCCUUUGUCCAGGAUUGGAGGCAAGCGUUUUACGAACGGUACAAGUAUUCAAAUUUAGCAAACCAAUGCAUUCAUAAGUUCAAGAUCUAUGUUGAAGGGAGAUCUUGGUCAGUGAGUGAAAAAUAUAUUCUUGCUUGUGAUUCACUUACCUUGUUUGUAAAACCAAAUUACUUCGAUUUCUUCACACGGAGUUUGAUGCCACUCCAACAUUACUGGCCCAUAAGGAACGAUGAUAUUUGUAGAUCCAUUAAAUUUGCUGUUGACUGGAGCAACACCCACCCAAAAGAGGCACAGGACAUUGGAAAAGCAGCAAGCAAGUUCAUUGUAGAGGAGUUGAAAAUGGAGAAUGUGUAUGACUACAUGUUUCAUGUUCUAAAUGAAUAUGCAAAGCUCUUAAAUUUCAAGCCCACAAUUCCACAAAAUGCUACUGAACUAUGCUUGGAGGCAUUGGCUUGCCCAGCAGAAACAUUAAAGAUGAGAAACUUUAUGGUGGAUUCGAUGGUCAAAACUCCUGCUCAAACUAGUCCAUGCAUCAUGCCUCCUCCAUAUACUCCCCCAUCACUUAAUGAUAUUCGCCAGAAAAAAGCAAGUUUAAUUAAACAAGUGGAAAUGUGGGAGAAAAAUUACAGGGAGUAUCAAACUAAUUAA